UCGACUUUUAGAACCCUAUUAAGAACUCCAAACUAAUUAAAGAGGAAAUUGUUUAACUGUAAAUAAGAACAAAUUAUUAUUAAUUAAAAUUUUAACAAAUCUUCCAGAGCAUGUUACCGGAAACAGUUACAUUUGCUAUAGCAUUGAUUAUAUAUGGAGCUAUAUUGUUUUUGCUUAUAUACUAUGUACUCACUCUGGCCGAUUUGGAAUGUGACUAUUUGAAUGCUCAGGAAUGCUGUAGCCGUUUGAAUUUUUGGGUUAUACCCAAAUUUGGAUCUCACUUAAUUCUAUGUGUUCUACUUCUACUUGGUGGCCAUUGGAUUAUGUUCAUCCUAAAUGUGCCUAUGGUCACAUGGCUGGGUUAUGAAUUGUACAAACAGCCAAGGGAUAGUUUGGGUGUUUAUGAUCCAGUGGAUAUACAUAGUCGUGGCCUGUUAAAAGUUCAUUUGCGAAAUACCAUGAUUUAUUUGGGCUACUAUUUCGUUAUGUUCUUCAUAGGAUUGUAUUUCAUGAUAUCUGCCUUAAUUAAGGGUGAUCCCAUUCGACGCCACGAAGAAGGAGAAAUAAUUACGGACUUUUAGCAUUUGUAGGCAUAAAUGGCUACCCCCUAAUCCUGACAUAGCAUUAAAUGAUAUCCAUGAUAUUCUUGUCUUGUCAUCUCGUAUCUUCUCUUGGGAGAAGUGUUCUGUCUUCCCCAGUAUUUAUUAACAAAUGAUGCACAAACCUUUAUGAAUGUAUCCCAAAGAUUUACCUUCUAGUCCCACAACUGCU